AUGGAGACCGGCUCGGACUCAGGUCAGGGCCGGGGUGGACGUCGGGUUGCUCGGCGCGUGGCGGGGGCCGGGCUCCGGGGUGCACGGCCGCCGCGUGGCGGGCUGGCGCGGGGAGCGCUGGCGGCGGCAGGUGGGCCGGGCGAGCGCGGGAGCGGGGGAGCCGGGGAGCGCGGCCGGCGUGAGCCCGGCGAGCGCGGCGCCGAGCUGCAGAGCCGCCGCGCGCGGGGACCCGGCCGCACGGGCGGCGGCGACUCCGCAGAGGCGCGGAGCCUGCGGGAGCGUCCGAGGCGCCGACGCUCUCGUCGCCGCGGAGGACGCCGGGCAGCCCGCGGUGACGGCGGGGCGGGUCUCGAGGGCGCUGUGAGGCCCCGCGCGAGUGACCGCGGGCGGCCUCCCCUCUUCUCCCGCCCCACGCCAGGGCCUCCCCCUCCACCCCCGGCCGCGGCGAGCCCCCCGCGCCGGCCGUCCGCGCCCUCCCUCGCGCGCCCCUCCCCGCCUCCUUCCCUCGCUCCCCGGCGCAACAUGGCUGCUGCCGCCGCCUCCGCCUCCCAGGACGAGCUGAAUCAGCUUGAACGGGUCUUUUUACGACUUGGCCAUGCUGAAACAGAUGAACAGUUACAAAAUAUUAUAUCUAAAUUCCUUCCUCCUGUUUUGCUCAAAUUAUCCAGCACCCAAGAAGGAGUACGGAAAAAGGUAAUGGAACUACUGGUUCAUUUGAAUAAGCGUAUAAAAAGCCGCCCCAAAAUACAACUCCCAGUAGAGACAUUGUUGGUUCAGUACCAGGAUCCUGCUGCAGUUUCCUUUGUCACAAAUUUUACUAUAAUUUAUGUUAAGAUGGGCUAUCCUCGUCUGCCAGUAGAAAAGCAAUGUGAACUGGCCCCUACACUUCUUACUGCCAUGGAGGGGAAGCCUCAGCCACAGCAGGACAGCUUAAUGCAUCUUUUAAUACCAACCCUUUUUCACAUGAAAUACCCUGUUGAAUCAUCAAAAUCAGCUUCUCCGUUUAAUCUUGCUGAGAAACCAAAGACUGUGCAGCUGCUUUUGGACUUCAUGUUAGAUGUUCUUCUAAUGCCUUAUGGGUGA